AUGUCUGACCAAUUGGGUGACAAUCGCAUUCCACUCCUGAAGCUCGAGAAGAAGAACAUCGGAGGUCGCAUGUUGCCACCCUCGCCGGCGAAGAGGCACGCGACUCCUGGUGAUUAUCAUGGGUGUUUCGAGAAAAUUAGUCACUUCGAUCCGGCGGUGAGAGAGAAGAAGAAAUCUGAACCGGAGCCACCGAACGCGAAGAUCAAGCCUAAUCCUCGUGGGGGGCCUGGAUACGUGGAUAUCUGCCUGAAUCCUUUCCCACCUCAUUCCCAUGACCCGUAUGAUCAAGAAACAAGACAGAAAAUCGGAAAAUCUGUCGGUCGAUUUCUGUAUGCCAGCGCUCCACUCGAUUAUUUCCCGCCGAAUCCCUACGAGGUCAAAACCCUGGGAUCUACGUACACAUGUCCAGAGAAAGUAACAGUAAAAAUGAAACCACCCGGUCGAAUUUACGUUCCAUUCCCAAAGAAACCAGGUGGAAAUCAUUCCGGCUGUUUCGAUAAAUUCCCGACAUACAAGAGCGACCCUUACAUGAAGGACACGGCUAAAGACAAGAAAGAGAAGGGUCGGUUUGUCCUCGGUGCGCCAAACUCACGAUCGAAAUACACCAAUAGUAUCAUAAAUCAAGUGACCGGGAUAUCCUGUAACGAGAAGAAUUAUGAGAACUACCAAACACGUGUUUAUCCAUUACACAGAUAA